UCGUCCAGCGACGCGGCUCUACACUAUUCGCGCUGUCGUUGUCGUUGCUGUUAGUUGCCGCCGCCGCAGUCCUUGCACAGCUCCGGGGCUACAUGAGCUGUAGUUUUAUUAGUGCUAUCGACAGUUCGACAGUGCCGCCCCCUUCCUCCUAAACACACACAUACCCCGUAACCGGCAGUGAUACGACAGUGUUUUGUCCUCUUUCACCUUAUUGUUCUUCGGGUCUGCUCGUCUUCCCUGUAUUUGUGCUUCGUAUGAGAAACGCCGGCCGUCAGCGCUCUUAUUUACGCAGGUGUAGUGCACGAAUGACAAGUUCAGCGAAAACCACGAGCUGCCGCUGCUGCCGCAAACUUAGAUGUCAUGAAUCAACAGUGCAAAGUCUGCGGGGAGCCUGCGGCUGGUUUUCACUUCGGAGCAUUUACUUGCGAAGGUUGCAAGUCCUUCUUCGGUAGAACGUACAACAAUCUUGGCAGCAUAUCAGAAUGCAAGAACGGUGGCGCUUGCAUAAUCAACAAGAAGAAUCGGACGGCGUGCAAGGCCUGCCGACUGAGGAAAUGCCUGUUGGUCGGCAUGUCAAAGUCGGGUUCGCGCUAUGGGCGUCGCUCCAACUGGUUCAAGAUCCAUUGCCUGCUACAGGAGCAGACCAAUAGCGGUAGCAGUGCUACAGGUCUACAGUCCUCGCAUUUUCCUGCGAGCUUCCUGCCUAAUUUCCUGCCGGGGCUGCAGUCCAAUGCCAUUCAACAGGGUUUGCUGGCUAACUUUCAGCCACAAGGUCCUAAUAGCGGCCAUCCUCCAGCCAAAGAGGUCUGCGAGGAGACCUCGCCAAGUCGGGAGGAUCUGGCACUCCAGUCGCACCUGCUUCACGUGGCCAUGAUAAAGCAAAAAUCACGAGAGCGCAGUGCUCAAGCUCAAGUCGCGGCGCUAGCCCUCGCCGGUGCUAAGUCGCCUUGUCCGGCAGACGAUCAGCUAGGCCUGCAGAAUCAACUCAAGCUUUUAGGCUGGCGCACCGCUGCUGAGGUUUCGAACGAUCGACCACAGCCGCAGCCGCCGCCACUGCCACCAGCUUCCCAACAACAGCCACAGCAACAGCCAGUUCUGACGGGUGUCGCGGGUACGUCACCGCUUCGUAAUAGCAGCAGCGCCGGAAGCUCCACUCCGCCGCUGUCCUUUUCUCAGCCGCAGCCGCCGGCUGGUUCAUCCAUCUUCCACGCAGUUAACCUUGCUGCAGCCGCGGCCGCCGCAGCCUCAAGCUCGCUCGAAGUUUUCCGCCCAUUUCUGCCUGCCUCCGUGUAUAAGCGCACCAGCGACAGUCCCAGCGACAGUGGCGCUUCUUCUCAAGAGAGUGACGGUCCCGAUGACGACUCCUCAACAACGCGAGCCUAUUUUCACCAGCAACAGCAACAACAUCAUUCUCAUCAUCAUCGCCAGCAGCAUCAGGAUCAUCGUCAUUUCGAUCAACAAAAGCAGCAAGAAGGCGAACCACUGAGGCGCAAAAUCAAUGCCACCCUCACACUAACUACGGACUAUCUGCCCCAUCAUGCAACCAUCCAUAAUCAUCACUUUUUAUAUCCGGCUACCGAACUGAUAACCCCGGCAGCCUCCCACCAUUCGCUGCUACGUGGUGGCGAUUUGCUGCUGGCCAGCCCUAGUCCAGGCGGCGUUGCCGUCGAACAGCUUGAACCUAUCGACCUGAGCGUGCGCUCAGCUAAGCCAGUGCACCUAAGUAAGCGCCGUCGGCGACGCUCGUCCGGCGCUUUGUCCUCGACCAGUCACUCCUGUAGUCCUGAGUGCAGCCCCAAGCGCCAGCAGCUGCUUGACUCGCGCCAAACGUCUUCGCCAGGCGACACAGUCAGCCCCGAGGCUCCUGCAAAAGGCAAUCCCCUUGACCUCAGCCUGGAUACCCCCGUCAAGAGGCCUGCUGCCGAGGUGUCGCUUUAGCACCUGUUCUAACAGCACUAACUCUCCUCUUCCCCUGUAUAUAAAGCCGAUCCUUUAUUUAUUUCUGUUCCGGCUGCCUUGCACUCGUCAGCUCUUCUCACCAAGGCUCUUCUCUACCCUGUAAUCGAGCUAAAAACACCUUUGUCCACGCUACCACCCACAGAACUAUUUUUUCCCAUACAUAUGCACACAUCCGUUCUCUCUCUUUCUCUCUCUCUCUCUCUCUCUCUCUCUCUCUCUCUCUCUCUCCAAUGUAAAUAAGACUGAGCUUCGUUAACGCUCGAGUGGAGGUGAUUUUUUAUUUCUUUUUAUUCUAUUUCUGUCUUUUUUCGUUUUACUACGAAUAAUCAGAUUGUUCAAACAUCCAUAUCUAUAUCUAUUUGGUUUUCUAAUCAUUUCCACUAUAAUUUAUCAAAACUACAUAUUUCACCGCAGCCAAAUCUAUGUUAGUACCCAUCGUCAGUGCACACACGUUCUAUUGAUAUGGCAAACGCAACCAACAGUCAUAGAUUUAUUAUUAGGUAGGAUAAUAUAAUAUUAUACAUAAAAUAUUAUUUAAAGUGCAUGUACAGCAUCUACUGAUUAUUGGCAAUGACACACACACAUACACACACAAAUAUUUAUAAAAGUUUCCUUAAUGCAAACUUAAAAAAUGUGAUCCUUAGUAAAUCAAAAGGCCAGUAAUGUAUGCAAAUCACAAUAUAAAGAUAUAUCUACAUGAAAAAGUGGCAUUUAAGUUGAAUCAGUCUUGGAAGAUUGUUCGUUUAUUUUGCUCACUUGUUAAAUAAAGCUGUAGGUAAAAUAAGUAAGGAAUGUUUUUUUCGUUCCAUAAUCUUAUUUGUAAAUAGGACUCUUAUAGAAAAAAGCGGCCAGUAC